CCACUUUGAAGUCUCACAUGUCGGUGAAUGUUUGGUGAAUGUGUGGUUUUCCUCAAGAAAAACUGCGUCUCUUCAAUUGAUUAAUGGAAAGUUUGAUGAUAUUGAAUUCAUUUGAUUUACAGAAGUAUCCUGAACAAAUGUUAUCGUCUUCUGAGCUCGUUAACAAAUUGAAAAUGUCUAAGACAGUAUGUAAACAAAAUAACUUCAGCGUCCCAGGACAGAAUAACCUUUAAAGACAUCGCUGUUUAUCAUGUCUAGUGAACUAGAGCUACCUUUUCUGAAUGAUCUACACGAGGAAGAGGAUGAAGCUAAAGACUGGGACUUAUUAAUUGCUUUUAAUGAAUUAAGACACAGAGAAAAAAUCCAGGGGUCAAAGAAAGUGGCUCAGACAUGGCGAAUGAAAGAGAGGAUGAAGACAGUGAGUGUAGCCUUGGUGCUUUGUCUAAAUGUUGGUGUUGACCCCCCAGAUGUCGUGAAAACCUGCCCCUGUGCUCGGCUGGAAUGUUGGAUUGACCCCCUCAGUUCUCAGAAAGCCCUGGAGGCAAUAGGAGCAAACCUACAGAAACAGUACGAGAGAUGGCAACCCAGGGCCAGGUACAAGCAGAGUCUCGACCCGACGGUGGAUGAAGUGAAGAAAUUGUGUUCAUCCCUCAGAAGAAAUGCAAAAGAAGAGAGAGUUUUAUUCCAUUACAAUGGACACGGUGUUCCAAGACCUACAGUCAAUGGGGAAAUAUGGGUCUUCAACAAGAGCUACACCCAGUACAUCCCUCUCUCUGUGUAUGACCUGCAGACCUGGAUGGGGAGUCCUUCUAUCUAUGUGUAUGACUGCUCUAAUGCAGGGAUCAUCAUAGAACUAUUCAGACAGUUCUCAUUACAGAGAGAUUCAGAACUAGAGUCCGCCCUGAAUGGGUCAGGUCCCCGGUUUGGUAAUCCUUCCCCUGCCACGUCCUCCGCUCGGAACUGUAUACAGCUGGCAGCCUGCGGAGCAUCAGAGUUACUUCCCAUGAAUCCUGAACUUCCUGCCGAUCUUUUCACUUCCUGUCUCACAACCCCCAUCAGAAUAGCACUUAAAUGGUAUGUUCUGCAAAACACUGGUAAAUUAGUACCAAAUAUUACCUUGGACCUUGUAGAUAAAGUUCCAGGUCAGUUGAAUGACAGAAGAACCAUGUUAGGGGAACUGAAUUGGAUAUUUACAGCCAUCACAGACACCAUAGCCUGGAACACGCUGCCAAGAGAAUUAUUCCAGAAGCUCUUCAGACAGGAUUUGUUGGUGGCCAGUUUAUUCCGUAACUUCCUAUUGGCUGAGAGAAUCAUGAGGUCGUAUAACUGUACCCCCAUGUCCAGUCCUCGUCUUCCCCCAACAUACCAACACCCCAUGUGGCAGGCCUGGGAUCUAGCUCUGGACAUCUGCCUGAGACAGUUACCUACCCUACUGGAGGACGAGAAUGCCCAGUUCCACCACAGUCCUUUCUUCACAGAACAGCUGACUGCAUUCCAGGUGUGGUUGUCUUACGGGUCAGAGAAACGGAACCCUCCCGAACAACUCCCUAUAGUACUACAGGUGUUAUUAAGUCAGGUUCACAGACUUAGAGCUUUAGACCUGUUGGGACGAUUCCUGGAUUUGGGUCCCUGGGCUGUCAGUCUGGCUUUAUCAGUUGGUAUUUUUCCAUACGUCCUUAAACUUCUACAAAGCUCAGCCAGAGAGUUACGUCCCCUGCUGGUGUUCAUCUGGGCCAAGAUUUUGUCUGUUGAUAGUUCUUGUCAAACAGACUUAGUGAAAGACAAUGGCCAUAAGUACUUCCUGUCUGUGUUAGCCGACCCAUACAUGCCAGCAGAGCACAGGACUAUGGCAGCCUUUGUAUUGGCAAUGAUUGUUAAUGACUACAAACAAGGCCAGGAGGCAGCGUUACAGGGGAGUGUGAUAUCUAUUUGUCUGGAGCAGUUAUCAGAUUCCAGUUCCUCAUUACGUCAGUGGCUGGCACUCUGUCUAGGAAAGGUCUGGUCUAACUUUGACAAUGCUCGCUGGUGUGGAGUGAGAGACAGGGCUCAUGAAAAGCUCUCCUUACUUCUGAAUGAUCCUUCUCCAGAGGUUAGAGCGAGUGCAGUGUUUGCUCUGGGGACCUUUAUCAGUGUGUCUGACCGCAGUGACCAGGCUAACAACAUUGACCUGGGGGUGGGGAUGAUGCUGGCCUCUGUAGGAUCUGAUGGAAGUCCACUUGUUAGAAAGGAGGUGGUGGUAGCUCUAUCCGCCCUGGUCGUGGAGUUCGAGUCCCAGUUCUGUAAUGUGGUGGUGCAGUGGAUGGAGGAGGAGAGACAGAAGGAGAAGAGUGCGGUGGUGACUGGGGAAGUUCCGGGUGGGUGGAAUCUAGUAACAGGCUCUACUGCUUCCCAGUCUUCAACCACUAACUCCUCAUUUGGUGGCUCUGUCAGCUCCACUGACGGUUUCCAUAGCGAGGGCUCUUCCAUCAGGCGGACCCACUCCAGCAACACCCUGACUGGCACCUCCUUCAGCAGUGUGUACAUGACGGUGUGGAAGGUGCUGGUCCAGUUAGCCACGGGGCCACACAGGGAGGUGGUGGAGAUGGCUAAACAGAUCGUCAAUGUACUCAAGCUGAAGGCUUCAUUGAGUGUGAGACCAGCCUAUGUGAUCCAAAACUCCAAGUCAUCUCUCUCUGCCCCAUCAAGUCCUUCCAAUUCAGCCCCAAUACAUGGCACACCCCCACAGAACCACUUUCAUGAAGACAGUGUACACCUGACACCGGGAGGUCAAAUGAAGCGGGACUACUCCUCCCCUCACCUAUCAGGCAGGGUCAACUCCCACACAAGUCCUCACCCUCGCAGUAAAAGAAUGCUGUCCGACAAAACCACAGGAAUGAUACAAGAGGAUUUAAUAGAUGAUUCACGAAAUAUCAAGCAGAUCUCAGUAACCACGGAGUUCUUUGAGUGGAGCUGUCGCCAUUUCGCCCAGCCCCUGAUGCGUCUCUCGGAGGAACAGGAUCCCGAGAGCUCCUCGCAUCAUAAACGAGAGUUCCGAUUUCUACGGAACGCUAACGUCCGACAGGAAGCGAGAGAGGAGCAACUCAGGGCAGGCUUUAACAGACUUGAUGUAGAAGUGUUUGUAAAUAAGAAUCAGGGGAUCCCCACUGUAAUUAAGUUUCAUCCAUACGAGUGCCAUGUAGCAGUCGCUGAUAAGGAUGGAAUUUGUUUUUGGGACUGGGAACAGGGCACAAAGAAGAACUACAUCUACAAUGAGAAUCUGAAAAACACCAAAAUAUCAGCCAUGGAUUUCAUCAACCCCCAUGAUGAGACAUUGCUCCUAUGUGGGACUGAUGACGGAGCAGUUCGGAUAUGGAGGAACUACCUCACAGAGGGGUAUGAUGGGAAGGAAUUGGUGACUGCAUUUCAAGCAAUAACUGACCUUAUUCCAACAGUCAGACGAGCUGGUCUUGUGAUGGACUGGGAGCAGGAAUCUGGAAUGUUACUGGCCUCCGGGGAUGUCCGGAUCAUCCGGAUCUGGGAUUCUCAAAGAGAGACCAAAGUACAGGAUAUACCGACUGGUGCGGAGAGUUGUGUUACCAGCCUGGCCUCCGACUCGUUUGGCCGGUCGUUACUGAUAGCAGGUUGUGGGGAUGGGACAGUAAGACUGUUUGACAGAAGGCUGGCUCCAUCAGAAUGUCGAGUUAUGACUUUGAGAGAGCAUAAUAGAUGGGUUGUGAAGGUUCAUCUGCAAAAAGGCUCAGAGGACAAAAUAGUUAGUGCUAGCAAUGCGGGUGAUGUUAGAUUCUGGGAUCCUCGAUUUACAGAGUCAGUAAAAACAUUAAACCUAACGCAAGGAAUCACUGCUUUAGAGAUUCACAAGCAUGCAGAUGUUCUAGCCUGUGGCUCACCAAACCAGUUUAUUGGGGUGUAUAACACAUCAGGAGACAAUCUGAGUACAAUUAAAUACCACGAGGGAUUUCUGGGUCAGAGAAUCGGAGCAGCUAGCUGUAUGGCUUUUCAUCCUUACAAGGUGAAGUUGGCUGCUGGCAGUACAGACAGUUUUAUCUCAGUUUAUUCCACCCCGGUCAAACGCAGCUGAUAAAGGCUCACCAAAGACACUCUUAGUUUUACUCAGUCUUUCAGUUGAUUUUAAACAAAUGAUAUGUAUCACAAUAGGCCGUUUUAUCAAUAUUCUGUCAGAAGGCCAAUGAAAUGAUAGUUUUAUAUGUUCUCUCAAUAGAUGGUAUGUUAUUGUAUUUUGUAACUAGUCAUGGACUAACAUGCAUACAUGUAUAAACAUAUUGAGCACCUGCUAUGUGAUUAUUUAAAUGGCAUGUUUUACUGUUUUAUGCAGAAAAAUGUAUUGGUUUACAUAUGAAUGAUAUGCUAUAGGCUGUUCUGUUUUGUUUGAGGUCAUGUGUCUGGAAUAUUUUUAUUGACAUACAUGUAUGUGAUAUGAAGUAUAGUCUUAAAAAUUUGUAUAGAUGGUUCUGAAUAUCAUUAUCUCGUCUAUGAUAUAUGUGUAAAUAAAUUAAAAUGCAAAUUAUACAACAUUAUUACCAUAUUAAACAUGUAUGUCCUUAACACAGCUGUUUCUCGGCAAAUUUAAGAUAAGGCUAAAUUCUUUGCAAAUGUGAAAAAGGCAAAAAUAACAAUGGGGGGAAUUACUCUAAAUACAGAUGUGCCGAUUAUUUUGAUUUAGGGUGUGUUAAAACAUUCUCGGAAACAGUUAUAUUUAUUAUG